AUGCAUUUGAUUAAAUCAUUAAUACAAUCUAGUUCAGAUAUUCGAAUAUUAUGGUGCUCGGUUAUAUUUAGAAUGGCUAGUUAUGGCUUAACUAAUCAAGUUUUAACACUAUAUUUAAAAUCGAUUAACAUUAAUGAAUUUAAGAUUGGAAUAUUUAUGACAUGUACAUUGAUCGGAGAUACGUUAAUAUCAUAUUAUCUUACAUGGAAUGCUGAUAGAAUCGGGAGAAAAGCAGUAAUGGGGAUUGGUGCCAUUAUGAUGAUUAUAUCGGGUAUAAUCUUUGCAAUUUGUGAAAAUUUUUAUAUUUUAUUGAUUGCUGCUAUUUUGGGAGUAAUAUCGCCAUCUGGUGAUGAGACGGGACCUUUCAAGUCAAUAGAAGAGGCUUCAAUAGCUCAUUUAACUCCAUUUAAUCAUCUACCUGAAGUUUUCGCAUUUUAUGGGUUAUUUGCUACAGUAGGAGCUGCUGUAGGUCUGUUAUUUAGUGGAUUUAUAGUUGAUUAUUGUCAUGAAAUUUUGAAUUAUGACACAAUUGUAUGUUACAAGAUCGUAUUUCUUGUUUAUUCAGGAAUUGCGUUUGCGAAAUGUUUAUUAAUAUCAUGUUGUUUAUCAAAUAAAUGUGAAUUAAACAAUUCAGAAUCUACUGAAUUAAUUACAAAGGAAAAUAAUAAACUAUUGUCGGAAACUACUAAACAUCAAUUAUUUAAAUUGUUAGGUAUAUUUAUGCUUGAUUCAUUAGGCUAUGGAUUUUUACCAUCUGCAUGGAUUGUUUAUUAUCUAAAAUUCACAUUUAAAUGUUCAGCUACUACAUUAGGUACCUUAUUUUUUAUAACGAAUCUGGUUGAUGCAAUUUCGUCAUUGCCUUCUGCUUAUUUGACCAAACUAUUAGGUCCAGUAAAAGCGAUAUUAUUUACACAAGUUCCAUCAGCUUUAAUAUUUUCAUUCAUACCAAUAUGUGUCCUGUUUGUACCUGUCGCGAUUUUGCUAUUGUUUUACUAUUUGACAACUACAAUGGAUGUUGUUCCUCGUCAAUUACUUUUAACUUCAAUAAUUCCAAACGAUGAAUUUACAAAAGUAUUGGGAAUCGUAAACGUUGGUAAAACAUUUGCCAGAUGUGUUGGUCCUAUUUUCACCGGUAAAUUAGCUUCCAAAAAUAAACUACAUUUCGGUUUUUUCAUCAAUUCAAUAUGUGUUCUACUAGCAGAUUCGAUAUUGGCUGUUAAUUUUUUACAACUAGAUCAAAGUAUUAAAAACAAACAUAAAUUACAUAAAAUAGUUGAUGUUGUAAUAGAAUAA